AUGUUUUAUUUUUGUUCUCCUUGCGAUUUUGGGCUCAAAUUUACAUGUGCCAAGAAAUCACCAGUCUUGUCUAUCGACCAACCCAAGUGGCAUGAGCAUACACUUGCUGUGUUUCCAAGUCAGGAUCCCCAAACUUGCAGCCUAUGCGCCUUCAAACAUUCAAAUUUGGUUUUCUAUAUAUGUCCCCCUUGCGACUUUAUCGUUCAUCAAAGCUGUUUUAGCUUACCUCAUGUCAUACGGAUUUCUCGCCACCUCCAUUGUAUCUCUUUUACCCAUUCUUUCCCAAAAGGAGAUGGUAUUUGUGGUGUUUGCCGCCGGAAGAUUAACAAUGAUUACGGGGGGUAUCAUUGCAUCAAGAACGGUUGUUUUUAUGCGGUUCAUUCAAAAUGCGCCACUCAAACAAAUGUUUGGGAUGGUAUAGGACGUGAAGGAGAGUCAGAAGAAGAAGUGGAAGAACUUGAGCCAUUCGUGACGAUAAGCGAUGGAAUCAUACAACAUUUCAGUCAUGAACAUCAUCAUUUGACACUUGAUGAGAACACCAGCAAAGAUUACGACGAGAAUAAGCUGUGUCAAGCAUGCAUCAUGCCUAUUUAUUUUGGUAACUCCUACUCUUGCUUGCAAUGUGAUUUCAUUCUACAUGAAGAAUGUGCAAAACUUUCUCGCAGAUUAGAUCACCCGAUACAUCCACAUCAACUCACUUUAGUAACAGAUAACCCUCUCAGACCUGUCGGGUAUUCGAUUAAUUCUGAUCGUGAUAUUUGUUCAGCUUGUCCUUCGUUGUGUAUAGCUGGUUUCUUCUAUGAGUGCAGUGAAAGAAAUUGCGAUUUUAGGCUACAUGUGCAGUGCGCCAGAAUUUCGGAGCCUUUACUUCAUCCAAGUCAUAUGCAUCCUUUAUUCCUAACAUCCAAACCAGAUGAGGAAAGAAACUGUUCGGUUUGCGCCGAAGCGCGAGGUUAUUACACCAAGGAAACCUUCAAUUGCAUUGAGGAAGAGUGUGACUUUGCUUUGUGUUUCAAAUGUGCUACUUUACCUCAAAAAGUGAGGUAUAAGCAUGAUAAACACAUACUCCCUCUUUUUUAUGGGAAGAAGACAAGUAGCAUGACCUAUUGGUGUGAAGCUUGUGAGGGGAAAAUAAAUCCUGAAGAAGGGUUUUAUAAGUGUGAUGAGUAUUGUUGUGUCCACCUACACAUUACAUGUAUGCUUGGGAAGGACUUAUACUUGAAGCCUCGUUCAUCAUGGUCUAUCUCUAGGGGAUCGCUAUUGAUUCUGCCUAACUUUAUGGGUAUAUCUCGACCUAUUUGCUCAUCCUGUCAUAAUCGUUGUCCACAGAGAAUAAUUUUAGUCUCACUUUCAUCUUUCUUCUGUUCCGUGUAUUGUAUACCCACAAGAGGUGAACUGGGUUUCUUUCGGGGAUUUCAAGCUGGCGAGGUAGCUCUGCUAAUUAGUUCUCUUUCUGUCAAGUUGUCUUUCUGA